UCUCCUGUACAAAAACUGCUGGCAGGAAUCAAGGAUUCGUCACACGUACCUCUGUGCUCGCUUCAAUUGGUCGAUUUAAGUAUAAGAUUCAAGUAUAAAGAAAAUCCUGAAUAGCGAGUAAUCUGCUCUAAUUGCUCGUAGCGGGACCAGUCCUUGCCACUGUCUUCGUCGGAAGAGUAAAAAUGAGAGACUCGUUUAAAUCUACAGUGACGUUGUUGAUAUGUCUUCUGCUGCACUGUUCCGAAUCGAAAGACAGCAGCAACGGGAAAACAAAAGCUUCGAGGGGUCACGGUAAAGCAUAUGGAAAAUAUCCAGGCGGUGGCUUGAUCUCCUUCAAUACGGAACAAGAAAAGUUAGACAUUGAUUGGUCUGUAACUAUUCCCUUCAUUUCGAUUCCUCUGGAGCACAAGAUAGGGGAGAACGGUGAAGUGUCGCCAUGGCUGAACGUUAAUACAAAAGCUCUUGGAGUCGUUGGAUUAAUAACCACUCUCUUUAGCGUGGUUACACCAUUAUUCUCGAAAACGCAUCCACAGUAUAAUUAUCGGUCGAUGGACAAUGAGCAAUGGCUGCAAAUGGGAGAUACUAUCAACGAAAUGAUUUUUGGCAAUAAUUAUGUGGCACCGUGCAUGCAACGUGUCGUUUGCUCGAUUGUAUCAGUGGCCACGCAGUCGGAAAAUCCGACAAGUGCUGACAAGAUAAUCGAUGGAUUAUCGAGUCAUAGAUGGUUCAAAGACGUCACAAAUGGCACGAUCAUCCAAGAUGCUGUGCUUACCGGACGGAAAGGAGACCAUGAUUGUGCUUAUAUUUACAAGGAUUGCUCAAUAACGCCGCAGUUCCUGAAAACUAUAAUGAAUGAAUUCGGGAUAGUGUGAAAUGUGAUGUAUAUUUCACUACUAUAUAAAUACAAAGAAUGUUUUUGUACAAAAUGUAAGAAAUUACUGGUCGGUUCUUCACACCUUAAACUCGUAACUUACUAUGCUCAAGGAAAUACGUUAUUAUCUUAACUCGCGCGGUAUGAAAUAUCUUCACGUGCACUGCUGCGUGAUCUAGACAUAAUCACCGUCACUUUAGACUUUCACUUUUCGUUAGCUAUUGUGUGAAAUAUUUAAUAGCGCUCCUACGAUAAAUUAACGUAUUUACGUGGUUCGUCGUAUUCGCAAUCAUUAAAAUAUGAAAACCAUUGUUAUAUAUUAUUUGAGCUAGAACGCAAAUACAACACACAAAUA